AUGUCCACUAUUUCUCCACCAGCGCAGACUUAUGCCUUGCAACUCGCUGUGGGUGGGAUGACAUGCGUCGCAUGCUCACGUGCGAUUACUGACGCGGUCUCGGAGAUCUCUGGCGUCACCGACAUAGUGGUCAACCAGCUUGGAAAAUGCGCGUCGGCAGUGAUUGUGCGCAAGGAGCUCGCGGAGGAUGUGAGGAACAUGAUUGAAGAUAUUGGGUAUGAGUGUACGAUUGUGGGUAUUGUGGCAAUUGGGGCCGCGAAAAUGUCCAAGGGAACGACCAGGAGUGUUGCCGUGGAAUUUAGGGGCUUGGGCACCGUACCAAGUGAUGCUUCAGACGUGCUUCAUAAGCUGUCUUUGACCUCACUGUCCCCAUUGACAAUCGAAGCACCAAAUCAACAAGAUCCUGCUAAUGUCCUCCGUUUUUCGUAUACGCCUUCCGCACCAAAUUUUACUAUCCGUACAAUUAUCAAGGCCCUUUCAAAUACCCUUCCAACCAGCCCAAUCUCCAGAAUAUUGCUAUGGCAUCCUCCCUCUUCAGACGACAUGGCACGCAGUAUGUAUCGAAAAGAGCAGCGAAAUUUAUUGCAACGUCUGGUUGUAGCCGUCCUUGCAUGCAUACCCAUUCUUAUUAUUGGAAUCGUCUACAUGUCGUUGGUAAAGAAAGAUAACCCUGGGAGACGAUAUUUCGAGGAACGGAUUUGGGCAGGGCAGGUAAUGAGAGGGGAGUGGGCACUAUUCAUCUUGGCUACUCCUGUCAUGUUUUAUUCGGCGAUGGAUUUCCAUCGACGAUCGCUGAAAGAGUUAUGGCAUUUAUGGAAGCCAGGAAGCCAGGCGUCAUGGGCGACGCGAUUCCUGCGAUUUGGAAGCAUGAAUCUUCUAAUAUCCCUAGGAGUCUCUGUGGCAUACUUCUCCUCUGUCGCUGAACUUGCCAUAGCCGCUACAGACGUGCAUGGGACACAUGAGGCAGAUGGAUCUAUGACUUACUUUGACUCGGUCGGAUUUUUGUCCAUGUUUCUCCUCAUUGGAAAAUAUAUCGAAGCAUUUAGCAAGCACCAAGCGGCCAACGCCAUAACACUCUUGAGUGGACUGAGAAGCUCCGACGCGCUCCUGGUAACUUCAAAUGAGGAAUACGAAAAGGCCUCGCCAUCGCCUACAUCCUCCGAGUCGCUCACACAAGAUGGACUUAAGUCGGAAUCCGUAGGUUCCUCCGAGGAGACCUCUGACCCUACUACUUCACACUACCCCCGGGGCGUCGAGAAAAUCUCGGUAGAUAUGCUUGAAGUUGGCGAUAUCGUGCGCGUGCCGCCCGGCGCAACGCCCCCAGCCGAUGGCAUCAUCGUCUCCUCCGACUCAACGUUUUUCGACGAGAGCUCGUUGACAGGGGAAAGCAAGGACGUCGUUAAAGCUAGAGGAGACCAGAUAUUCGUGGGGACAAUCAACCGGCUGCGCGCAGUGGAUAUGCGUGUGGAGGCGCUGGAUGGUGGUACAAUGUUGGAGCAGGUUAUUGAGGCUGUUAGAGAAGGCCAGACGAAGCGGGCGCCUGUUGAGAGAGUCGUUGAUAUCGUGACGUCGUAUUUUGUGCCAGUCGUGACGGCGCUUGCCAUCAUCACCUGGGUUGUCUGGCUUUCCUUAGGCCUCGGAGGUGUCCUGGAUCCCGAAGUAAUAGCCAAUAGUGCUGGAGGAUGGCCGUAUUGGACAUUGGAGUUCGCAAUUUCUGUAUUUGUCAUUGCUUGUCCAUGUGGAAUCGGCCUUGCUGCUCCGACUGCUCUCCUAGUAGGAUCAGGACUAGCAGCCAAGCAUGGUAUCCUUGCGCGUGGAGGGGGGGAGGCGUUCCAGGAGGCCUCCCAAAUUGAUGUAGUCGUCUUUGACAAGACGGGGACCUUGACGGAGGGGACUGAGCCCAAAGUUACCGACCAAAUGAUCUGUUCCUCAGAGCACGAUUCUUUGAUAUCGGCCCUGAUCACUCGUCUCGCCUCUGCCAGUUCUCAUCCUCUGUGUGUUUCUCUGAGACGGUAUUACCAAAACGUGCCCUCUGUCCCUAUAGACGGCAAUGAUAUUGAAGAGUUGCCGGGGUGUGGUAUGAAAGGUAAAUUUGUCAUCCAAAGACCUCAUUCCGCUACACACAACGUCGAAGCUUUUCUGGGGAACGAGACAUGGCUGCGCAGCUAUGAUGCCAUCCCUAGUGAAGAGGAAUCCCAGUUCCUACACCGCGUCAAAUCGGAAGGCAAGAGCGUCGUGCUUCUAUGUACAAGGACCCAAGAAACAGCUGCAAUGCGAUUAGCAGCAAUCUUCGCUAUUGCUGAUCCCAUCAGACAUGAGGUACCUGCGGUCAUCAGACAACUACAUGCACAGAAAAUCGAAACAUGGAUGAUAUCUGGAGACAAUGAGAUUACGGCAAGGGCGGUUGCGAGGACAAUAGGUAUCCCAUCGGAGAACGUCAUUGCUGGGGUGCUGCCUCAACAAAAGGCAGAUAAAAUACGAUGGCUCCAGACGUUGCCUCGCACAGGACGAGGAAAGAGCAAAAGAACCCGAACCGAGAGUUCAAGGCAGAUUGUGGCGAUGGUUGGCGAUGGGAUCAACGACGCGCCGGCUCUUACCGCGGCUGAUGUUGGCGUCGCCAUGGGCUCUGGAAGUGAUAUCGCGCUUUCCAGUGCCAAAUUUGUCCUACUUUCAUCGGAUCUUCGAACAUUGUUGAUUUUAACCGACCUAUCGAGGAAGAUAUUUAGGAGGAUCAAGUUUAAUUUUGCAUGGGCAACUGUUUACAACUUGAUUGCGCUACCCGUAGCAGCUGGUGUAAUAUAUCCUGCAGGACAUGCGAGGUUGAGCCCUGUGUGGUCAUCCUUGGCCAUGGCAUUAUCGUCAACUUCUGUCGUGUGCAGCUCCCUUUUAUUGAGAUUGUACAAGAAGCCUCGCCAAGAAAGCUGCGGUGACGCGCUGAGUAGCACUGAGGAGUCAGGGAAACCGGGCGUAUAA